AUGCCCGUCAAGGAGGAUGUCGAAUUCAAAACGCUUGACGGGCUCACUCUUCGCGGAUGGCUCUUCGCGGGCCCUCCGAAAGGCCCUGCCAUCAUCAUGACCCCGGGAUUCAACCUUACCAAGGAUAUGAUUAUUUUCGAAGCUGGGCAGUAUCUGAACCAGGCGGGUUUCACCGUCUUGGGCUAUGAUCCUAGGUGUAUUGGAACGAGCGACGGCAUGCCACGCAACGACACCCAACCUAUGAAGAACAUGGAGGACUACCACGAUGCCCUCACCUACCUCAAGGUGCAUAGGCGAGACCUGGUCGACCCUGAGCGAAUCGCAUUCUGGGGCUACUCCUUCAGCGGUGCGAUCGCCCUCUGUGCCGCUGCCCUUGACAAACGUGCCAAAGCCGUAAUAGCCUGCGCAGCCACCACGACUUGGGAGUUCUCGAAGUGGAAGCAAGUCCUGGCCAAGGCGAUGAAAGACCGCGAGUCGCAACUCGCUGGAAACCAGGGCAUGUAUCUCCCGCUGCUCACCGAGACUGGCGACCAACCCGCCGGGCUGGGCCAGGGCUACCAAGGCGAGGAUGUCCUCGGCAUCAUUCAGCGGCAUGCGUCUAUCGAGCCGAGCUUCAUCCCAAGAACGACUCUGCAGACGUACUACAACAUUGCGGCGUUCCGGCCCAUGGCGCUCAUGCAAUUUGUGGAUCCUACCCCCGCUUUGCUCAUGACAGGAGAAAAUGAUGAGAUUUCGCCACCGGAGCUGCAGAGAAAGUUGAUCUACGAUGCCAUCACGGGACCUAAGGAGUUUGUGACGAUCAAGGAUAGGAAACAUAUGGAUAUUUUGACGGGCAACGGGUCUUUGGAGGUUUUUGAGAAGCAGGCCGAGUUCUUGAAUCGUGUCAUGGUUCCGACGAAGGGCGCCAACGGUGUCAAGAAAAGGAGCUGA